AUGAGAAAAUGUACACAUAAGAAACAAAACUGUAACGGUAGGGUAAAGGACGAUCCGCAGGAGGCUGGGCAGGAGGCCAGACUGGAGGCUGGCGGAGAGGCCGGAUUGGAGUGCGGCGGAGAGACCGGGCUGGAGGCGGGCGGAGCCCCUCAGGAAGCCGGGCUGAAGUCACUGCGGUCACCAGAGACCAGGCCGAAGUCACUGGCAUCUGGAAAGGUGAAGAGAGCACAGGGACUCGAGGGAGAGGACCGGCAGCAGCGGGAACGGGGGCCUGACACGGCCCGGCAGCAGGACCGGGGUUCUGACGCGGCCCGGCAGCAGGACCGGGGGUCUGACGCAGCCCGGCAGCAGGAAAGGGGGGCUGUCACGGCCCGGCAGCAGGAGCGAGGGUCUGUCGAGGCCCGGCAGCAGGAACGGGGGUCUUUCCCAGCCCGACAACAGGAACGAGGGACUGGGAGCUGGAAUGACGGUGGCUAG